AUGUCCGCCAAUAAAAAACUGAAGGAGCACCUCUCCAGUGAUGAGGCUCCCCUAACCAUAUCUUCAACGGAUGGGUUAGUAAAAAAGUCUCGUACGCAGCUGCCAACUGAUCUCAUUGUCGAAAUACUCUCCAGACUGCCUGCCAAAUCUGUGGCCAAGUCACGAUGCGUUGCCAACAACUGGAACUCUCUUCUUCGCGACCCAUUUUUCACCGAUGUGUUCCUAAAGAGGUCGUCUGCUCGCCCACGUCUACUUUUAACUUUUCAAGCUGAGGGUACGUGGUAUUUCUUCUCUUCACCUGGGCACAACAUGAAUUCCAACCGUGUAGUUGUUGUCGAUAGUCAUAUGAAUGUCCCUAAACCUCUCCCCUUUCGAGUUUGUGUCCCUGUUCGUGGAUUGUUGUGUACGAGAGAUGAGUGGGCUUUAGGUCAUAGCAAGGAAAGGAUGAUGAUUUGUAACCUAGGCUCAAGACAAUUCAAAUAUCUACCCAGAGUGAGAUCGAGGAGGUGUCAUGUUGUAACCUAUUUAGGGUAUGAUCCAAUAGGAAAAGAAUAUAAGGUAUUGUGCAUGACCGUUCUUGAAAAGCCCUUUUCGGGUAAAGCUGGCGAGUUUCAAGUUCUCACACUAGGAACUAGCAAACUUGAAUGGAGAAUGCUUGAGUGUUCUGUAGACCACUACCCUUAUCCUAGGGAGAUUUGCAUAGAAGGGACGUUAUACUACUUUUCUCGGGAUUAUGAGUCUAGAGACUAUAUGUUAGUUUGCUUUAAUGUUAAGGAGGAGAAGUUCAACUUUAUCAGGAACCAACAUUUUGUGUUUCCUACAUUAACUUUAAUAAAUUACAAGGGUAAAUUAGGAGGAAUGUGUUUUCAACCAACCACUUUCAUGGAUGGAACUGCUGAAAGCUUAGAGUUAUGGGUUAUAGAUGAUAUCGAAAAACAUAUUUGGUCAAGACAUGUUCACAUUUUUCCGCCUAUGUGGAAGGAGCUAGUUGCGGAGACUAAAGUUUACAUUGUUGGGAUGAUUAAUGGAACCACUGAAGUUGUGUUUGCUCCGGCCAUCUUGUCGAAUCCGUUCUACUUGUUUUACUUGGAUAUAGAGAGAAAGUCUACCAACAGAGUUGAAAUUCAAGGGCUUGGACCUGUUAACGGUCAAUCCAUUUACACCUUCGUAAACCAUGUCGAGAAUGUGAAUCUUAUUAUGUAA